AUUAGCCUAUUCAACGGCUCUCCUAAACCAAAAUUUCCGGCCAUCAGCCUUCUUCACUGUUUCCUUUUCAUCAAAACCCUAAUUUCUCCAAUACACACUAUCUUGCAAUUGCAAGCCAUGGCAGGAAGGGGCCGCGUCAUCCCCAGCCACGUCCUCCAUCUUCGCGAUGGCCAGCCUACUCGGUUAGGCCCACAACCGCAGAUCGUCCACAUUCUCGACGAAACUUCACUUCUCCGUCGCCUCCCGCUGCCUCACGCCCCUCCCCCCUCCAUCAUAGCCCUUGAAGAUCGCCUCGCGGCUCAGUACCGUGAGAUCCAAGUUCUCCUUUCCGACAAUCAGCACCUUGCCGCUACACACGUCGCCCUAAAGCAGGAGCUCGAUGCCUCCCGUAAUGAGCUCCGCGUUGCCUCCGCUGCAUCUGCUAGGGCACAAGUGGAGCGGGAUGCGGAGGUGCGUGAGGUGCUCGAACGAUCUUUGAAGGCUGAUGCCGAGGCUCGUGUGGUCGAGGAGAUGCGGGCCGAGUUAACGCAGGUAAGGGCUGACGUGCAGAAGCUUGGUGCUGCGAGGAAUGACCUAUUGGAACGGUUGCAGGGGCUGAAAGUGGAGCUUUCACGUACCAGGGAGGAGCUAGGGCAAGCAUCCGCUAUGAGGGAUGAGAUUGAGGCCAUGAAUAGGGAAAUUCAGAGGGGAAGAGCUGCGGUUGAGUACGAGAAAAAAGCACGCGCUGAAAACCUAGGACAAAGUCAGGAAAUGCAGAAAAAUAUGGUUUCCAUGGCUCGUGAGGUAGAAAAGCUGCGUGUUGAACUUGAUAAUGCAGAGAAAAGGGCAAGGGCGUCAGCUGCAGCUGCAGCUGCUGUUGCUGCAAACCCAAGUUUAGGAUACACUGACGCUUACAGAAACACAGGAAUGGUUUAUGGUGGAAAUGCAUAUACUGCGGCCUAUAAUUUGCAUCAGGUUCAGCCGACUGCUGAUGUUAGCAACCAGUAUGGACAAGUCGCCUCUGCUCAUACCGGCUAUAUUAACCAGUCUUACGCCACCAGAUGAAAGGUGCGCCUUUGAGAAUUUUACCGUUAUGUCCAAGAUUUUCAUUGAUUAGAUAUGAUGCUCUCCUGAAGCCUCCAGGUGCAGCUCUUAGUUAGUGACUUAAAUUGACUAUUUGGUCUCGAAAGGCACUGUGACAUCUAAAAAUUGUAUUAUUAUUUUUGUGAUAGAUGUCCUCACCAAAAAAACUUAUUUAGAAUUUAUAACGCCGAGUGUGAAGAGAAGGCUGUAUACACUCGUUUUAGUUUUUUGCAUUUCUGAUAUGUAUAAAUUUAUCCGCUGAUAGGCGCCUGGCCUUCCUGAGUAAUACCCUUCAGCGAAGAGUUCAGUUAAAUGUUAUACAUUUUUAACCUUUUUGCAAAUCUCAGCCAUGCUUGAUCUGUA